UCUCCGUGAGGUUACAAAAAAACUGCAAACCAACUUCAGGCUGCUUCGAGGAAACACACACAACAAUACGCUCCCGGCCCAUUCUGUCACAGUUUAACCAGGGACCAGCAGCGGGAAAGAGAAGACAAGAUGCCGGUCACAGAGAAGGACCUGGCCGAGGACGCUCCGUGGAAGAAGAUCCAGCAGAACACCUUUACGCGCUGGAGCAACGAGCACCUGAAAUGCGUCAACAAGCGGAUCGUGGACCUGCAGACGGACCUGGGCGACGGCCUGAGGCUCAUCGCCCUGCUGGAGGUCCUCAGCCACAAGAAGAUGUACAGAAAGUACCACCCGAGGCCCAACUUCGGGCAGAUGAAGCUGGAGAACGUUUCUGUGGCUCUGGAGUUUCUGGACAAGGAGAACAUCAAGCUGGUCUCCAUCGACUCUAAAGCCAUCGUGGACGGCAACCUGAAGCUGAUCCUGGGUAUGGUCUGGACUCUGAUUCUGCAUUACUCCAUCUCCAUGCCAGUCUGGGAGGGUGAGGAAGAAGAGGCAGAGUCAAAGACACCUAAGCAGCGCCUGCUGGGCUGGAUCCAGAACAAAGUCCCUGACAUGCCGAUCAAAAACUUCAGCAAGGACUGGAGGAACGGCAUGGCCCUGGGAGCGCUGGUGGACAGCUGCGCACCAGGCCUGUGUCCCGACUGGGAGACCUGGGAUCCAGUGAAACCAGUGAUGAACGCCACAGAGGCCAUGCAGCUGGCUGACGACUGGCUGGGCAUCCCGCAGGUGAUAACUCCAGAGGAGAUCAUGGACCCCAGUGUGGACGAGCAGUCGGUGAUGACCUACCUGUCUCAGUUCCCCAAGGCCAAACUGAAGCCAGGAGCCCCUCUCAAACCCAAACUCAACCCAAAGAAGGCCCGCGCAUACGGACCAGGUAUCGAGCCGACAGGGAACCGGGUGCUGCGUCCGGCCGUGUUCACUGUGGACACGUUCAGCGCCGGGCAGGGGCAGGUCACCGUCUACCUGGACCAUCCUGACGGCACCAGAGAGGAGCUGAAGGCGGAGCCUAAUGAGGGCAAGAAGACGCUCAGCGUCACGUAUAUUCCUCAAGUCAUGGGAACUCACAAGGUAACGGUGAUGUUUGCAGGCCAGCAGAUUCCCAAAAGUCCCUUUGAAGUGAGCGUGGACAAGGCGCUGGGCGACGCCUCCAAGGUCACAGUGAAAGGCCCGGGAGUCGAACCUGUGGGCAACAUCGCCAACAAGCCCACCUACUUCGACAUCUACACUGCAGGGGCCGGUACAGGGGACGUGACGGCCAUGAUCCGAGACCCUCAGGGCCGGCAGAACGUGGUGGAGGUGAUGAUGGAGGACAAGGGCGACAGCACCUACCGCUGCACAUACAAGCCCACCCAGGCCGGCCCCCACACCGUCACCGUCAGCUUCGGAGGGGCGGGGAUCCCCAAGAGCCCCUUCAGCGUGGACGUGGGCCCCGCCUGCAUGCCGGGGGCGUGCCGGGCCACGGGGCGGGGGCUGCAGCCGGCAGGAAUGAGGGUGAAGCAGGUCGGGGACUUCAAGGUGGACACCAAGAACGCCGGCAGUGGAGAGCUGAAGGUCGUCGUCAAAGGACCCAAGGGCAUCGAGGAGCCGGUGAAGCUGAUCUCCAGUCAGGACGGUGUGUUCUCCUACGAGUAUUAUCCCAACAGCCCCGGAAAAUUCACCGUCUCCAUCACCUGGGGGGGUCAGCACAUCCCCAAGAGUCCAUUCGAGGUGUCAGUAGGUCGUGAAGCGGGGUCUCAGCAGAUCAGGGCCUGGGGUCCUGGCCUGGAGGGGGGCAUUGUGGGUAAACCUGCCGCCUUUGUAGUGGAGUCCGUGGGCACUGAUGUUGGAGUGCUUGGGUUUGCCAUCGAGGGUCCUUCUCAGGCUAAGAUCGAGUGUGAGGACCAGAACGACGGCUCCUGUGAUGUCCGAUACUGGCCGCUGGAGGCCGGGGAGUACGCCGUCCACGUGACCUGCGAUGAGGAGGACAUUGAACACAGCCCCUUCAUGGCCUUCAUUGUCCCCGACAACAACGCCAGUGACUCUGAAAAGGUUCAGGCUUACGGGCCGGGUCUGGAGAAGACCGGCUGCCUGCUCAGCCAACCGGCAGAGUUCACGGUCAGCGCUAAGGAUGCUGGGAAGGGACCUCUGAAGAUCACGGCUCAGGACGCAGAGGGACUUCCUGUGGAGGUGAAGGUGAGGAGUAAAGGAGAGGGGCUGUACUCCUGCUCCUACACUCCCACCUCCCCUCUCAAACACACCUUGGCCGUCACCUGGGGAGGAGUCAGCGUCCCCAACAGCCCCUUCAGGGUGAACGUGGGUAAAGGCAGCCACCCCAAGAUGGUGAAGGUGUUUGGUCCUGGAGUGGAGAGAACUGGUCUGAAGGCCAACGAGCCAACACACUUCACUGUGGACUGUUCAGGAGCUGGAGACGGUGAUGUCAGCGUAGGUAUUAAGUGUGAAGCCAACAUGGUCAGUGACAAAGAGGCCGAUGUGGACUUUGACAUCAUCCCCAACGACAACGACACGUUCACUGUCAAAUACAUGCCUCCUGCUGCAGGAAGACUCACUGUGAAAGUCCUGUUCACUGAUAAGGAAGUUCCACAGAGCCCUUUCACCGUGAAGGUCGAACCCUCUCACGAUGCAUCGAAGGUCAAAGCAGAUGGUCCUGGUCUGGCUCGCACUGGUGUGGAGGGCGGUAAGCCGACUCACUUCACAGUGCUGACUAAAGGAGCCGGUAAAGCCCCGCUGGAUGUUUCCUUCUCCUCUCCCGUGAACGACUUCGACAUCAUCGACAACUACGACUACUCCCAGACUGUCAAAUACACACCUGUACAACAGGGGGAGCAGAAGAUCGUGGUGACGUACGGAGGAGACCCCAUCUCAAAGAGCCCCUUCACAGUGGGCGUCGCUGCACCGCUGGAUCUCAGCAAAGUCACCGUGGACAACCUGGAAGGAAGAGCGGAGGUGGAUCAGGAGCAGCAGUUUAUGGUAGACACAAAGGGUGCAGGAGGUCAAGGUCGUCUGGAGGUGACAGUGCUGAGUCCCAGCCAGCGGACGGUGAAGUGCAAAAUGGAGCCUCAGCCCGGUAAAGCAGACGUCAGUGUGGUACGCUACACCCCCACAGAAGAGGGGGUGCACGCUGUCAACGUGUCCUACGACGGACACCCCAUCCCUGGGAGCCCCUUCCCUGUGGAGGCCCAGCUGCCCCCAGACCCCAGCAAGGUGAAGGCGUCCGGCCCCGGUCUGAAGGGGGGUCUGGUGGGAAACCCUGCAGAGUUCUCCAUUGACACAAAGGGCGCGGGCACCGGGGGUCUGGGUCUGACAGUGGAGGGCCCGACAGAGGCUAAGAUAGAGUGUUCGGACAACGGGGACGGGACCUGCUCCGUCUCCUACCUGCCCACGGAGCCCGGGGACUACCUGGUGAACAUCCUGUUUGAGGAGGUCCACAUCCCCGGGUCGCCGUUUAAAGCCAACGUCCAGAUGCCCUUUGACCCCUCCAAGGUGGUGGCGUCGGGGUCGGGCCUGAAAAGAGCCAAGGUUGGAGAGACCAGUGUGGUGAAUGUGGACUGUUCCCGGGCCGGAGCGGGACAGCUCAGCCUGGAGGCGGCGCUGGACACUCCCCCCACCAGCCCCACGGGGUCUGCCCCCCGCACCGGUGUUAAAGCUAAGACGGAGGUGUUGGACAACAAAGACGGGACGUACACGGUGACCUACGUCCCGCUGAGCGCCGGCAUGUACACGCUGCUGCUGAAGUACGGGGGCAAGGCCGUGCCUGGGUUCCCCGCCAAGGUGACGGCGGAUCCUGCCGUCGACACCUCCAAGAUCAAAGUGUUCGGACCCGGAGUGGAAAAACAAGCCAUUUUCAGAGAAGCCACCACAGAGUUCACGGUGGACGCCCGUCCUCUGAGCCGGGGGGGGGGGGACCACGUGAAGGCGGAGGUGAAGAACCCGUCCGGAGCGCUGACGGAGUGUCAGAUCACCGACCGGGAGGAUGGCACAUACAGCGUGGAGUACACGCCGUUUGAGAACGGCGUCCACAGCGUGCAGGUCUUCUACGACGACACUCCGGUUCCUAAGAGCCCGUUCAGGGUGACGGUGGGGGAGGGAUGUGACCCCCGCAGGGUGGUGGCUACCGGCCCCGGGCUCCAACAAGCCCUGACUGACAAGACCAACAACUUCAACAUUAUCACCAGAGGGGCAGGUGUCGGUGGUCUGGGCAUCACUGUGGAGGGUCCAUCAGAAUCCAAGAUGUCCUGCAAAGACAACAAAGAUGGCAGCUGCAGCGUGGAGUACGUUCCCUACACCCCCGGCCUCUACGACGUCAACAUCACCUAUGGAGGAGAGCACAUCCCCGGAAGUCCCUUCAAGGUCCCGGUGAAGGAUGUGGUGGACUCCAGUAAGGUCAAGGUGUCUGGUCCCGGUGUGGGGUCAGCGGUCAGGGCCAAUAUCCCACAAUCCUUCACUGUGGACUGCAGGAAGGCCGGCGUGGCGCCACUUUCCGUGGCCGUCUCGGCUCCUAAGGGCCUGGCAGAGCCUGUGGAGGUGAGGGACAACGGGGACGGGACCCACCUGGUGUCCUACACCCCGUCUGUGGAGGGCCCGUACUCUGUGGCCGUUAAAUACGCAGAAGAGGACGUCCCCCGCAGUCCCUUCAAGUUCCGGGUCCUUCCCACUCACGAUGCCAGUAAAGUGCGGGCCAGCGGCCCCGGGCUGACCAGCGGCGUGCCCGCCAGCUUCCCCGUGGAGUUCAACAUCGACGCCAAGGACGCCGGCCAGGGCCAGCUGAGCGUGCUCAUCACCGACCAGGAUGGUAAACCCAGGCAGCCCACCAUCCACGACAACGGUGACGGAACCUACCGGGUGUCGUACAUCCCCCACCGGGCGGGCCGGUACACCAUCGUCAUCAAGUACGGCGGCGACGACAUCCCCGCCUCGCCCUACAGAGUCCGAGCCACCGCCACCGGAGACGCCAGCAAGUGCACCGUCACCGGUCCGGGUGUGGGUCCCACGGUUGCCAUCGGCGAGGAGCUGGGGUGGGUGGUGAACGCUAAGGCUGCUGGGAAAGGGAAGGUGAGCUGUGUGGUGGUUCAGCCCGACGGCAGCGAGGUGGAGGCCGAGGUGCUGGAGAACGAGGACGGCACCUUCGACAUCUUCUACACGGCGCCGGCCCCCGGGAACUACGUCAUCUACGUCCGCUUCGGGGGGGAGAACAUCCCACGCAGCCCCUUCAAAGUCAUGGUGACCUCAGACAGCUUUGAUCCUAACAGCAGCAGCAGCAUUAAUGGAAGCGGCUUCAGACCGUUCGACAUGGUGAUCCCUUUCUCCUUCAGGAAGGGAGAGAUCACAGGUGAAGUGCUGAUGCCUUCAGGUAAUCCGCUCAGCCCGCUGAUCUCUGACAACCUGGACGGGACGGUCACAGUGCAGUACUCCCCCACUGAGGCCGGCCUGCACGAGAUGCACAUCAAAUACGGAACACACAUCCCAGAGUCUCCUCUUCAGUUCUACGUGAACCACGCCAGCAGUCCCAACGUCACAGCGCAAGGCCCCGGGCUCUGCUACGGAGUCGCCAACAAGGUGGCCACAUUCACCGUCUUCACAGAGGACGCCUCCGAAGGGGGUCUGGACCUGGCCAUCGAGGGUCCCUCCAAAGCGGAUAUCAGCUGUGUGGACAACAAGGAUGGGACGUGCAGCGUCAGCUACCUGCCCACUCUGCCCGGAGACUACAACAUCCUGGUCAAAUACAACAGCAAGCACAUCGCCGGCAGCCCCUUCACCGCCAGGAUCACCGAGGACAACCAGCGGCGCUCUCAGGUCAAAACUGGGCUCUGCGCAGACUUCUCUCUGGACAUUAAUGAGACGGACCUGAGCCUGCUGACCGCCAGCAUCCUGGCUCCGUCCGGCCGCGACGAGCCCUGCCUGCUGAAGAGGCUGGCCAACAACCACAUCGGUAUCUCCUUCAUCCCUCGGGAGGUGGGUGAGCACCAGGUCAGCAUCCUGAAGAACGGCCAUCACGUGGCCAACAGUCCCAUCACCAUCAUGGUGGUCCAGUCUGAGAUCGGAGACGCCAGUGCGGUCAAAGUUCACGGCAUGGGCCUGGUGGCAGGGAACCACCUUCAACACUCCAGCUUUGUGGUCGACACGCGGGAUUCAGGUUAUGGCGGCCUGGCUCUGUCCAUCGAAGGUCCCAGUAAGGUAGACAUCCAGACGGAGGACAUGGAGGACGGGACGUGUGGAGUCACCUACUGUCCCACUGAACCAGGGAAUUACAUCGUCUCCAUCCGCUUUGCAGAGGAACAUGUCCCAGGAAGUGCGUUUACUGUGCGGGUGACCGGAGAGGGUCGUAUCCGUGAGAGCAUCACCCGGCGACAGAAGGCGGCGUCUGUUUCCAGCGUGGGGAGUGUGUGUGACCUCAGUCUGAAGAUACCAGCGAUCGACAUGCAGGACGUCUCCGCGGAGGUCUCCUCCCCCUCGGGGGCCCGCCAGCCUGCAGAGCUGGUCGCCGCGGGCAACGACACCUACUGUGUGCGCUUCGUUCCCACGGAGAUGGGCGUGCACAGCGUGAGUGUGCGGUACAGGGGCGUGCACGUGCCAGGCAGCCCCUUCCAGUUCACUGUGGGGCCCCUGGGAGAGGGGGGGGCCGCCAAGGUGAGGGCAGGAGGUCCGGGACUGGAGGGAGCCCAGGCAGGAGAGCCAGCUGAGUUCAGUAUCUGGACGAGGGAGGCCGGGGCCGGCGGUCUUUCCAUCGCUGUGGAGGGUCCCAGCAGGGCGGAGAUCUCCUUCGACGACCGCAAAGACGGGUCCUGCGGGGUCUCCUACGUGGCUCAGGACCCCGGUGAUUAUGAGAUUUCGGUGAAGUUUAACGAGCAGCACAUCCCUGACAGCCCGUUCCUGGUUCAUGUGGUCGCUCCAGCCAACGACGCCCGCCGCCUCAGUGUUACCGGCCUUCAGGAGUCUGGUCUGAAGGUGAAUCACCCAGCAUCCUUUGCGGUGCGUCUGAACGGAGCGCAGGGCAAGAUGGAGGCCAAAGUCCACAGUCCCUCCGGAGCUCUGGAGGAGUGUGUGGUGACCGAGCUGGAAAAAGACAAGUACGCUAUCCGGUUCAUCCCGAGAGAGAACGGAAUCCACACCAUCGACGUGAAGUUCAACGGCUACAUCCCGGGAAGUCCUUUCCAGGUCCGGGUCGGAGAGCCGGGACAGACCGGAGAGCCCGGCCUGGUGUCGGCGUACGGAUCGGGGCUGGAGAGAGGAACACAGGUGGGAGACCAGUCAGAGUUCAUCAUUAACAACACUAAGGCUGGCCCCGGGGCCCUUGCAGUGACCAUCGAGGGGCCAUCUAAAGUGAAGAUGGACUGUAAGGAGGUUCCUGAGGGCUACAAGGUGCACUAACCCAUGGCUCCUGGAAACUACCUGAUCAGCAUCAAGUACGGAGGACCCAACCACAUCACCGGCAGCCCCUUCAAAGCCAAGGUCACAGGCGCUCGGCUGGUGAAUGUGACCAACGCCAGCGAGACGUCCACCUUGACUGUGGAUCCAGUGGUCAGGUCCAGCAGCAGCUUCUCCCAGAGUGCUUUGCCCCGGCUCACAGACUCUGAUGCCAGCAAGGUGUCGAGCCGCGGCCCCGGCCUCAGCAAGGCCUUCGUGGGCCAGAGGAGCAACUUCUCUGUCGACUGCAGCAAGGCCGGUAAGAACAUGCUCCUGGUGGGGGUGCUCGGCCCCCUGGUCCCCUGUGAGGAGGUUCUGGUCAAACACCUGGGCAACCUGCAGUACAACGUGAGCUACAUGCUGAAGGAGCGGGGGUGCUACAUCCUGGUGGUGAAGUGGGGCGACGACCACAUCCCAGGCUCCCCCUUCCAAGUCAACGUCCCCUGAGGCAACCAAUAAAAACACACCGUCACUCCUCCUGAACCAUUGUGCAUCCCUGUUUGAGUGGAAACACUCUACUGCAGAUAAUCAUCCAAUAAACAACUUGCUUACAAAGUUAAAGGGGUACACUUUGCCUUCAGAUGUGUUCAUUUCAAAUCUCAAGUAUAAAGGAUCUGACACAAUUGAUUUACUUGCUAAAACUGAACUUGAUAAAGGAGAGGAAAGUGUUAAAAAACACUUGUUUUAAACUAAAAUGUUAAGGAACAGAAGUGAACACAUCCAUAAAUGUAAGUUGGACCAUUUUUCUGCAGUGAAUCAGGGAAGCAAAAUGGUAAAAGAAACUAUAAUCUGACCUAAAACUGGAGUCAAAAUGAUCUGAUUUGGAAAGAUAACUAUCAUCUGUUGAUUUUUGCUGACCUGAAAUUGACAAAUUGUGCACUUGACGAUAGUUUUUAUACGUGAUUGUCAAUUAAGACGGCUUGACAUUAGUUGGUGAGAACACAAAAUGUUUCCAAAGUGUUAAAACUAGAUUGGGCUCAGAAAGGUCAAACUUGGACAAGAUGACUGGAAUUACACAGCAAUUGCCUCAGUUGACACAGUACCAGGAGCAAAAUGAAAAUGAGAGACAGACUGUAUAUUUAACCUGGACUUCUGAAUCCUAUCAUUUUCUCUGACCAGUCAGAUGCCUUUUCAGCAAAAUGAUGGAGUGCUGUGGAUUUAAAAAAUGAUUUAACAUCUCAAUUUUAAGAACUGGAAUUAUGUUUUUUAAAGCACUCGAUGCGUCGAACUGCACACGACUACUGAUGUUUAUUAUUGAUUUAUUAGCUCCCACAAUCCCUAAAGUACAUAAUGUUGCCACUACUACUACUUUAUUAUGUGCUUCAUCUGUGGGUUCAUCUCUUUGCUGUAUUUUUCACAUGAAAAGAUCUGUUCCUCGGAUCUGACCAGUAUUUUGUGUUCGAUUGUACUGCAAAGUCAAUCAGUGCAUACAUUGCAAAAAUAUUACUCUACAAUCAGAUCUGAGCUGUCUUUAUGUCUCCGAUGUUGUUGCCUAAUCAUUGAUACUUUUGAUACUUAAGGGAUGAGAGGAUUUUUGUAUUGUGGGAAAAAAUUACUUCUUGUUUUUUUAUUAUUAGGGAUUGGGUGUUUAAUGUGAAACUAAACCCUGAGAUGAUGUACAUUUGAUCAUUAAAAUCAGCUGGAGCUAA